AUGGCCUUCUCACUCGCCUCUCGUCGGGCUUUUAAUCCCUCUUUCUCAUCCCGAAUCCUCGCUCGGAGCUUCUCUACCCCCACGGCUCUCCGCAGACCAGCAGACGACGACAAACCCUCCUUCGCAUUCAAGAGUAGCCCAGCUCCCCCCCGCCUACCCAAGGAAGAACAGGAAAUCUUCGAAGAACUCCAGAAAAAGUCCACCGGGGCUUUCAGCACUCCCCAAACAGCCCCUAAGAUCAACCAAUCGCCCCAUUCCGAAGCUACCAAGACAGGCGAGGGCGAGGAACUGCACCCGGAUAUCCGAAUGGGCGUCCAGCCUGAAUUCGAGGGCGAGAAGAACCCGAAGACUGGAGAAGUUGGAGGUCCCAAGAACGAGCCGCUACGAUGGGGUGCUGAGGGCGACUGGAGCUACAGCGGACGUGUCACCGAUUUUUGA